GAGAGAGAGAGAGAGAGAGAGAGAGAGAGAGCAGCAAAAGCACCAGAGCACAUCACUGACUGCAUGCCCACACCUCUGGCAACACUGACGGAUUCUGCUUGUUUUUAUUUAUUUUUUGUUAACGCCUUUUUCUUUUUGGAUUCGUUCUUUAUUUAUGUUACUCGUGAUUUUUAUUUAUUUACAACGCAUUCCUUGAUAUGGUUGUUCGAGUUUUCCAUUGAUGCGCAGCAUAUUAAAGGAUACAGGGAAGCAGCCAUUAUACUGCGGCUCUUGUUUUCUCACAUUCUCGUAAGCAAAAUCGUGCGGGGGUGGAGUAAAAGAAUUCUGGAAGAAGAAAAGAGCUCAUUUAGCCAUUCUCCACCCAGACACCAUUGUUGUCUAGGCUGAGCACCAGUUCAUAUUUUGAUGCUGACCUUACUCUAAGCCUGGCGUCUGGCUCUCCAUUUUUGGAAGCGUUGAGGCAAGCUCCGCUGCUCCAGUACCAGGCAUAUUCUGUUCAUUUUCUCUGAGGACACUGCAGAUCUAUCUUUGGUAUCAUGGGGACCGUCCUGUCACUCUCUCCCAGCUACCGGAAGGCUGCCCUGUUCGAGGAUGGUCCAGCCACAGUAGGCCCCUACACGGCUGUUCAAAACAGCAAGAAUGCUAAAGACAAGAAUUUGAAGCGUCACUCACUCAUCAACGUGUUACCGUGGAAGAGGAUAGUAGCUGUUUCGACCAAGAAAAAGGGUUCUAAGAAAGUGCAGCCCAAUACAACAUACCAGAACAAUGUCACCCAUCUGAACAAUGAAAACCUGAAGAAGUCACAGUCCUGUGCCAACCUCUCCACAUUCACCCAGGAGCAGUCAAGCCCAUCCAAUCAAGGCAAUAAGAGCUCUAACAAUGUGGCCUCAUCUGUCAAGAAAGCACCCUUGUCCAAUUCUAGUGUGGCUCCUGGUACACCCAAAAGGGUGAUCGUUCAGGCCUCGACCAGCGAACUACUGCGCUGCCUUGGAGAAUUCCUGUGUCGGAGGUGCUACCGCCUCAAGCACCUUUCUCCUACUGACCCAGUGUUAUGGCUGCGCAGUGUGGACCGUUCUCUGCUGCUGCAAGGCUGGCAGGACCAAGGGUUCAUCACCCCAGCAAAUGUUGUCUUUGUUUACAUGCUCUGUCGAGAUGUGGUCUCUUCAGAACUAGCAACAGAACACGAGCUGCAAGCCGUGCUUCUUACCUGUCUCUACUUAUCCUACUCCUACAUGGGCAAUGAAAUCUCCUAUCCUCUAAAGCCAUUCCUUGUGGAAAGCUCAAAGGAAACCUUCUGGGACCGUUGCCUGUCUAUAAUCAAUCUGAUGAGUGCCAAGAUGCUGCAAAUCAACUCAGACCCACACUACUUCACCCAGGUGUUUGCAGACCUCAAGAACGAGAGCCAGAAGGAAGAGGAGAGGAGCCGUUUACUCAUUGGGCUAGACCGGUGAGGGAGCGCUGAAGAGUAUAAAAUGGGAUUGCACCCUAGUCUGGCAUUGUUGAACGGGAUUCCAAAUGUUUUAAUACACAGCAGUCUCUAUAUUAUAGAAUGCAUUUAAUAAACAUUAAAUCUAUACAAAUUGACCCUUUUGAGAACAAUUGGAUCUCAAAGUUCCACCAUGUUUGUAUAUGAUGUAUAUGAAAGUUCAGGACAGAUUUGCCAGACUUGGAUGCACCCAAGUAGUCUUGUAUGAUUUAUAUUUAAAUUCACCCACAAAAAAACAUCAAGAAGAUCAAAAAACAACAUCACAAAAACAUCAAAGAAAACAGUAGAAGUAGGGACAUCAAAUUACAAGUAUGAAUGUGUAGAAGCCUGAACGGACACAGCGUACUGGAUAUGUGCACUGCCUUUUGUUUAACAGUGUUGAGGACUAAGACUACGAGGCAGAGGACAUCACACCCACAUUGUUGGAUGCUUAUUAGAUAAUACACACAUUGGCUUAGUAGCAGUAAGUAUAAAUAUGUCUUAUGACAAUAAGGAGAAGGGGAGCUCCAGUGAUCCCUAUAUUUUAUGGAUGAAUUUUGACAUCGUGGCAGCACUGCAGAGCGGGGGUUUUAAAGACAAUGGUGUUAAGCUGGAAAGGUGUUAGGCACAUUGCUGUAAAAGGCCUACUUUAUUUUCAUCAAUAGGGAAUUAAGUUCUACUCUGCAGUGCAACUCUGGGGCUCUAUCCAUUGAUUUUCUUGUUUCUUUUUUUUUUUUUACUCAGAAAUGUAACUGAAUGCAUGUGUGCCAUGCAAUUUUAUAUGGUGUUUUGAGGGUUAAAUGUUUUAUUGAUUUAAUUCCACCGAAUCUUUAAAACCAAUUAGAGAAUGCUGUUAUUUUUUGUUUGUUUUGUUUUAGUUUUUAAAAACAAAGUGUAAGUUGAUUUAGCUAUGCUUGCUACAGUGAGCCAUGAUUGUACAAAGUAUCUUUUGUUGUUUUGUGUCACAUUGUGUCACUGUCUAGUUGGGCAAGGAUCCAUAUAGACAAAAAAAAAGCUUAAUGUAAAUUUUGCUAAAGCAGUGCCAUACCUUUGAUGAAGAUCAUGUAGGUCUAAAAAAUACACCAAAGGGGCAAUCUUUGAAAUAGUUCAUUAAUUCUAAGUAAGAAUAUCUAUUCAGUCUUAAUUUAUUGUUGUUUAUUUAUUCUCUUAGCACAUCCAUUGUAUUAAAAAAUUUAUUAAUGUAUUGUAUAAAUGACUAGUACAAUGGCUACUUUGACAUGUAGCAUUUAGACGUAGAUGAUUUUUUGGUAAACCUGUUUACCUUUGGUGGAAAUGAAGAUUAUGGGUGAUGCAUUUUGAAGGAUUUAGCUAAGGAUAUUCCAUCGAAGAGCUUCAGCUUCAUUUUUAACCAGCAACAAAUCUGAGUAUCACCAAGGGUAUUCAUCAGUGCAACAAGGAAUUUUGUUGGUUUCAGCCUAAGUUAUAAAUACCUGAGACCAUUCUUCCUCUGCUGAGAUGUUCCACAUUUUUAGUAAAACAACAGGUAGAAGAGAUAAUCACUCACAGGCAGUCUAGUUCUGGCAUUUAAAUGUAAAGUCUACAUGGGCUCACGAGUCAAAAAUGAAGGAAAUGGUCACAUGCUUGAUUCUUAUCCACAAUUUAAUGAAUAAAAUAAUUGAUCAAAGAUGAGAUACUGAAUUAAUAUCAUAAUAAAUAAUAUCAUGAAUCAGUUCUUAACCUCCUACGACCUGGUGUCCACAUACGUGGACAUCACUGCAUCUAAAAUGCAAGGUUAAUAUGGACUUUGUCACUAGGUCAAGUUUCUUUAUUAGAGCAGAAAACCUCACUGUAAUUUUGGAAUCUGCAAAUGCAUCAUGAUAUUAGUUCAUCUUAUACAUCUCAGCAGUGAUCAAUUACGCAUGCUUUCUCACAGUAGAAUAUUUCUUUACAGACAUAGAAAAAGUGCAACUCAUCAUAUAAGCACACAUUGCCAUUUAGCUCUGUACAGUGUGUUGUUCCAUGUUGGCUGUUUCUUGUGUUAUGAUGGCUGAAGGCUGACCCUAACAACUGAGACCUGAAGAUGAAUGGAAUGGAUGAAGGGGGGACUGUAUGAAUAUGCGCCAUUGCUGCUGCAAUGCUGUGUGUUACAGACAUAGAGGAGGGCAUACAGGAGCUGAGAGGAGAAUGUGGGAGGUGGUCGUUAAUUUGCAAUGAGUCGAUUGGAUAUUAAAGCGGAAUAGCACCAUACGGACUUGCACUUUUCUCCAGAUCCUACUCGGGGAGAAAUUUGAAGGGGCUUUCCAAUCUCUGGGACUAUUAAAGGGGAGUUCCCUUCAUGCCUGCUUGCCAUCACUUACCACCAAUCACAACAAUGUGCUAUUUUCACCUCACCGUACAACACUAGCUCAUCAUUUCUUAAAACGUAUAAAAGACGGAACGAGAAAAUGACCAUUUUCUACAGUAUCUUGUCAUAUUUCUUUGUAGAACAAAAAAAGAAACAGUGUUUCAACACAAAAAAAUGUAAGGCUCUCUCAAUGACUGCAUGUGUGCGUGAGACUGAGAGUUCAUUUGUAUAGAAGAGUGUGUAAGGUAUUUUUUUCCUAUGUGGGCUGGGGACAAUGCAAGGCAAUGCUUUUAAGAUGGGAAAACAACAUGGGCUGGUACUUGUGCGGUAGGUGGGCAGGGUAUUGAACUGUUACAAGAACAAAAGAAAAAGCUGUUGCUGUAAUAGUUUUUUUCCCCCUGUUCAGUUCUGCUUAUUUUUAUUUUUGUACUGUGAUGGAAAAAAAUGCACUGAUCGUUAAAGAUGCACAACUGUGUGGCUGUCAUUAUUUUUCUCUAGGUGUAUUUUUUUCAUUAAACUCAACAGAAAGGUUGCACAGCAGUUCGGAGAUCACAGGGGUUCAGAUGCAGACGAUGUUCCAGUUAUCUGUGGCUAGAAGCCAACUGACUUGGCUUUCUCGUUGGGAAAGAUGGCAUUUACCAUCUUUGUCAAUCAGAGACACUAUUCAAUGUGAGCUCAUGUAUGUAGAAGAGGGCAGGUAGUGCCUAGCUUUAAGUGGGUUACGCUGCACUGUGUCACAAUUUGAGCAGCAGUUCAAAAAUGAUGAAAUAUGUCUCAGAGAAGCAUGUGUUAGCCCUAACUUCCCUAGGAACUGCCGUAUAUUGGGGAGAGCCAGUGACCAAAUUAGGUCAAACCUUUAUCAUAAAGACAAAUCGGUCAAUAAUUUAUCAAUUUACAGAAAUAGAGCUAUAAAGCGAGAAAAGUGUUUAUUCGUCAAAUUCUCUAAGACUGGUAUCUCCAAAUCUGUUCUUACAGAGAUUGACCUGCUUUAUUUAUAGGUUUCUCUAAAAACCAAAUAAAUAUUCCAUCAGUCUAAUCUCACUAUUAUACAAGGUUACAACUCUCACCAUUGAACAAGUGCGUGAGCCCCUGACUUUUUUUUCUGGAAAAUUCAUGAUGUCACAGGAGUAGACGUAUCUGAGCCAAGCCGUUUCACUGACCCAGGUUUAAGAGGUUUAAAAUUAAGGAGAAAAAAUGUCUUUUUGUGUAUGUUAUAUAGCUAACAAUGUCUCAGCAACUCUUUUACUAAUCCAGCUCUUUAAAUUUGUGAACUAAAAUCUCAUUUGUUUCUAUUAUAAUCAUUACAGAUGCUUGUUUUGUUGUAGUGCAGAGUCAGCUCAGGGGGAUUAUUCCACAAAAAUUCACUCCUGACACAAGAAAUGAACUCAUCUUGAUCUCCAGUCAUAUUAUUCAUUUUCACUUUCCUAUUACCUUUGACAGAUAUUAUACAGAAAAUGACAAUAAAAUGUAAUGAUUAAUGUAUCACAGUUGACUGAACAGAAUGAUUUUCAAGCCCUGACAUGACUAAAGCUUUGUCUGUUCAGCAAAUGAAACUGAUUCAGUGUAUUAUGCAGGUUUCUCUGCAUUCAGGAUGAAUCCCAUACCGAAGUGGGUGUUAGAGCGGUAUGAGAUGAGUCUGGGUUUCUGUAUGUGUGAGAAUAAGUCCCAUCAGUACAUGUACAAUGAAGACUAAAUGAUCAGCCAACAAUAGUGCUGUCAUCGUGAUUCAUACUGUUUGUUCCUGAAGAAUUUAUCACCAAGAAAAACAACACAUUAUCACAACACAUUCAGACAUAGUUUAUCAAGUACUGGAUAUUUAUUGAGCAGUGACAUUUGGUAUAACAUAUAUGAUAUACCCAAUAAUUGACUAUUAUUAUAGAUCAGGCAACUAAAUAGAGAAGGUCGCUCUCUGUUUUUUAUUUUUUUUUAACCCAUUUUGAUUUACGGCUACUUAAUAAAAUAAAAACGUCUUUUCUUUAGAGUUUGGAUGAUGAAACGUGUCGUCACGUGUUGAACAAAAGCCAGCACUAAUAUACAAUUCAAAAGCCCAGUUUAAUGUCCAAUUACGACUAACAUCAAACAAAGUACACAUUCAUUAAUGUUCCCUCUUUACUUGAUGAAAAUCUGUGUGUCAAAAUUAAGCAAUGAAUUAAUUAAAUAAAUGAAAUAUAAAAUUAGGCACAUACAUUAAUCAGGUGGAAGAGCAAAAUUAUACAAAUUAGAACAGGAGACAAACAUUCAGACGAUUUCAGCAUUGAACCAAAUCACAGAAAUUCACCUCAAGAAAAAGAGCCCAGAAACAAAUAUCAUAUAAACAAGAAUAAGAGAAUAUCAUGACUAAAGUUCAAGAGUGAAUAGAAGAAAUUUUUCAAAAUUGCAAUCUUAACUCUUUAACAAGGUGUUGGAAAAUGGUACAAGAUUUCUCAAUCAAUAUCUAUUCUGAUUCUACAAACAUGAUAUUAGAAACAGAGAACUAAAAAAAAAAUACAAAGAAUAAAUUCAGAGGCAAAAAUAAACCUCUUUGAUGUUCAAUAUGCAAAAUGAUGGGAUGCUUGAAUGAGCAUUGUAUAUACUGUACUGCACUGAUGUAGAGUACACUAUAAAAGCUUGGUCCUUUCCUCCUGAGCAGGGAGUUAUCCUGGUGUGUAGCACCUGCCCGAUAACGAAUCUGUAAGCUAAAAGUCUUAAAACCAGACAGAAACGUGUGUUGUUCCUGACAGGGUUGGCAUGGUAUGGGGAUAAAUAGUGCGUAAACUAGUACAGGUGAUGAUGAUAUGCAAAGCCAUCUAAGAAAAAGUAAGCAGUCUGUGAAGCGGAUGUGAGCAGCAAAGCUCAGUCAAGAGCGUGUAGGCUGAAAAAAGGAGCUAAUGAUGAAAAUUUACAUUUAGCCUUUUCCUUUCAAAGCCACAACAACUCUGCUGGCUCCAAGCCUGUACAUUCACUUUUAAAUGUUAAUAAAGUAACUGACAGAAGGCACUAAAUUUAGCGAUGCUUUAAUGCUACAGCACAAUAAGACCAGGUUAUUAUCAGCAUAGUGGAUAUUAUACCACAGACAUGUGCUAGACCUUCAAGCCCCUCCCAAAUAAAGGGUAAUUAUAAAGCUGAUAUAUGCAGCUUGGAAUGACCAGCAUUACAUUUCUUCAGUACUUUAUCACUACUAUCCUCAGCCACCUCAAAAUCUAGGUAAGACAUGCUGGGACUUUCCAGUAAAACUAUACAAUACUAAUGCAUAUAAUAUGAAUAAUCGAAGGCGUUACAUUGUGGCUUGUGAGGAAAAACUUUUUCUUAAAAACAAAACAAAGCAAAACAAACAAAAAAAAAAAACAGGAAUGUUUUUUGCUGUCAGACAGCAAUAUUCUGAUCUUUCAAACAGUGUCUUUCUUUGUGAAAAGUGAGCUCUAACCCACUACAUGUUUGCUUUGAAUUAAUAUUGCACAAGGAAGAACUUUGAUCAUUAUUAUAUUUUCAAGUGUGAGCAGGUUCAGAGCUGAGCAACAAACACUGUGGCUUCCUUCGAUUUA